UAUGGGAGGGGCAGAUCUCGUGGUCAGGGACAGGUACACCAAAGUAUAUAAAGAGUGACACAGAAGAACUGUGCACAAUGGCACAAAGCCACACAAUGGCUUUGAGGAGAUGGAUGCUCGUUUUGACUCUGGUGAAUCUUCUGUCUGCAGAAACACAUGCUCAGCUUGAUGUCUGUGGCACUGCUCAACUCAACCCCAGGAUAGUUGGAGGUGAAGAUGCUGCAGCUGGAAGCUGGCCCUGGCAGGCCAGUCUGCAGAGAUUUGGCAGUCAUGUCUGUGGAGGUUCCCUCAUCAACAAAGAGUUUGUGCUGUCAGCUGCUCACUGCUUCUCCAGCUCAGAUCCAGAUGGCUGGACUGUCGUGUUAGGUCGGCAAAACCUGCAGGGUGAAGAUCCAAAUGAAGCGUCCAGAAGUGUUGCCGGAGUAAUCUUGCAUCCAAACUAUGAUAGUGACACCAACGACAAUGAUAUUGCUCUGCUCAGACUGUCCUCACCAGUCCAGUUCACGGACUACAUCAGACCUGUGUGUCUGGCAGCAAGUGACAGUGUGUUCAACAGUGGCACUGAUAGCUGGGUCACUGGCUGGGGUGCAGUUGCAGAAAAUGUAUUGUUACCAUCCCCUAAAACUCUCCAGGAAGUGGAGGUGCCAGUUGUGGGAAACAGACAGUGUAACUGUCUGAAUGGAGUCGACACAAUCACAGACAACAUGAUCUGUGCUGGUGUUCUGGCAGGAGGCAAAGACUCAUGUCAGGGAGACUCAGGAGGUCCAAUGGUGAAUCGGCAGGGCUCUGUGUGGGUCCAGUCUGGAAUUGUUAGUUUUGGUUUUGGCUGUGCUCGGCCCAAUCUUCCAGGAGUCUACGCCAGAGUGUCCCGUUACCAGACCUGGAUCAACUCCCACAUCAGCUCUGAUAAGCCAGGCUUUGUCCAGUUCACCUCCAGUGGUCUGGAUGCUGACAGCAGCUACACCUGUCCUGGCCUGCAACUUUCCACAACAGCUUCACCCACAACACCAUCCAUUCCUUCUCCUCCUACUUCUCCAACAACUCCUUCAAGACCAGUUUGUGGCAAAGAUCCUCUGAACAGUCGUGUUGUAGGUGAUCGUGGCAUUGUCACUGGAGGAACAUGGCCCUGGAUGGCGAGCCUCUCCAAAAAUGGGGUCUACACAUGUGGAGGAACUUUGAUCGCUAACAAGUUUGUGCUCACCACUGCACUGUGCUUUUCUACUUCCAAUCCUGAUGUCCGUGAGUGGAGAGUGUUUGUGGGUCAACGACUUGUGAACGGAUUUGAUGAGUUUGAGAUGUCUUUGGGUGUUGUACGCAUUCUAUUGAGUGAAUUGCCGGGGUUCAAUAUUGCACUACUGGAACUGGAUGAACGCAUCAACUUCAGUAAUUACAUCCAGCCUGCAUGUUUGGACGUUGACAAUGCCAGAUCCUUCCCUGUUGGGACUCCAUGUUGGGUGGCAGGCUGGGGCACUGGCAGCAAGAACAGAGAUUGA